GCCUGAUGUUCUGACUCUUAGCUUGCUUCCUCAAUUCUGCCUGACACUGCACUUUUCGCAUUCCUUCCAACAUGGCCACCGAAAAAUCUUUUGAGGAGACACUCGGUGCGGACGAUUCAGAUCCUCAACGCCUGCAUUCAAUCCAUGCCGCCCCUCUCGACGCAACGCCAAAGACACGCUGGGAGCGAAGCUGGCCGGUUAUUGCCUGUGGAGCAGGUCUGUUCUCUGAUGGCUAUAUCAAUGGUGUUAUCGGCAGUGUCAACACAAUGCUCAGGAUCAUCUACAAGGACGAGUACAUCAACAGCAAUGCUCAGAAUAACGUUUCUUCCAUCGCAUUCGCUGGUACUGUCGCUGGCCAACUCGGUUUCGGCUAUCUUUCCGAUCACUGGUCUCGGAGACACUCACUCCUCAUCUCCACCAUCAUCUUGAUCGUCUUCUCUGCCCUCAGCGCCGGUGCCUACGGUGCGGGAGGUAGUGUCCAAGGCCUUUUCGCUGCCCUAACUGCCUAUCGCUUUCUUCUUGGAGUUGGAAUUGGUGGCGAAUACCCAAGUGGCAGUGUUGCCGCCGCUGAAAGUACGGGGGAACUACGACAUGGACAUCGCAAUCGAUGGUUCAUCGCAUUUACUAACCUUGCCAUUGAUGUUGGGUUCGUGGUAGCUGCCUUUGUACCUAUGAUUUUGGUAUUGAUCUUCUCCGAGAACCACUUGAGAGCAGCAUGGAGAGUUGCUCUUGGUCUAGGCGUCAUCCCGCCAUUGUCGCUCCUCUAUCUGCGGAUCAAACUACGAGACCCCGAACAAUACAACCGUAACAAGAUGAACGAAUAUCCCUACUGGUUGAUCCUCAAGUUCUACUGGUGGCGCCUCAUUAUCGUGUCACUCAUCUGGUUCAUCUACGAUUUCUCGGCUUAUUCUUUUAGUAUUUACUCUUCGGCUUGGCUGGUACUUCUUCUUCCCUCAGAUGCGCCUCUAUGGAAGUCUUUCGGCUGGAAUACCGUCAUAAAUCUCUUCUACGUUCCCGGCGCCAUCAUUGGCGCCUUUCUCUCUGAUUACAUCGGUGCCAAAUACUGUUUGAUCCUGGGUGUCUGGCUACAAGGUAUAGUCGGAUUCAUCAUGACUGCGAUCUAUCACCACCUCAAUCAACCAUCUCAAGUGGGGGGAUUCGUGGUUAUGUAUGGCAUCUUCCUCGCCUUGGGUGAGGUGGGACCCGGUGACAACAUUGGCCUGGUCGCUUCAAAGACCUCAGCAACAUCAAUCCGUGGCCAAUACUAUGGAAUCGCUGCUGCAAUGGGCAAAGUUGGGGCAUUUGUGGGGAAUUACGUCUUUCCAGAGAUUGUGAAAGCCGCGGGAGACGAUGUCAUCAAGCAAGGCCAGUACCCAUUCUACGUUUCCAGCUCUCUGUGUAUCCUUAGUGGAUUCAUUGCUUUGUUCUUCCUGCCCAAGAUUAGCCAAGACACAAUCACCGAGGAAGACGAGAAAUUCAGAGAGUAUCUCAGUCGCCAUGGCUACGAUGUGACAACAUUGGGCACCAAGGAGUAUCAGAUGGACCAGGAAGUUCUUGGUUGAUAAGUCCACCCUUUCUCCAGUGUAAUAGGCGCAGGGAAGUUUCGGCAGUGGGAAUUGGUCCUAGACCAAUACAUGGCCGGAGCCUUUUUCACACGUCGAUGGCUUAUAUGGAUCGUAAUGAAGAGAUAGCCCAAAAUGAG